CCCCUGUGUGCAGCGUCUCUCCCGGCCGUCACCAUGUCGUCGCACGCCUGGCUGGACUCGCUGACCGAGGACUGGGUGUCCGAGCGAGGAUCCUCGCCCGCGCCGCUCCCUCUCGUCAAGUCGACCAAGAAGAGCCAGCCGUCGCCGUCGCCGAAAAUCACACCGAGCCGCAUCCCGCGCUGGAGGCAUCCGGGCGUCGUUGCGCCGCCGCCGCAGGACAAGAGCAUGACGAUUCUCGAGGGCGAUCGAAGCUCCGAGGACAACAAGUCGCCCAAAAGACGCCUGCUCAAGUUCGCAAAGGAUCGCAAGUCGUCGCACAAAGGCCAUGUAGGGCGCUCCGUCUCCUCAACAACGGGCUCCGUCGUGGUGCACAAGAACGCCCGGCAGCGAACGCCUGCCGCGCCGGGGCGAUCCGACACGCCUGAGUGGAAGCGACGAUUGGUGCACGGCAAGCUUGGAUAUGGCGAGCAGCGCGACCUGUUUAGUUCGGCAGCUGUCGGCCUGCAGGACAUGUUCAGGCCGCCGCCGUCAAGUGAUGCCGACGUCGACUCGCCCUCUCCCAAUCUCGACUCUCCAUCCCCCAAUCUCGAAUCUCCAUCGCCCAAUUUCGAACCUCCCUCUCCUAUGCCUACGCAAAACGACCCGACGAAUACCGCGAAAUCCGAACAGGAGCUGAACGCUGACGAGGAGGAGGAGGAGGAGGACAGCAUCUUCUCCAACAAUCAGGUCACACCGAGCCCGAGCCCUAGGAGGCCCCCGCGGGAGGUCAAGUACAAGCUCAAUGUUGAGGACGACCAAGACGACCACUCAGAUGCAUCUUUUCUGAGUAGCCAUAGCCCUCAAGAGGCAGCCGAUCAAGACGAUAGUUAUCUCGCCAUCCCUUCCUUGGUUGACGGCACAUCUAGAAAAGCCAGUGGCCAGAGCUAUACGCGAAACGAAGACUUCAGCCCCAUUCUGAUCGGCAAGCGCAGCGACGAGGACGGAAAGGUCGAGUUUACCCCUCUUGAGAUGCCCACGGAAGAGCUGCGAGAGAGGCUUGAACGACUACAACUCAACCAGAUGAUUCUGGAUCCUUCGCACAAUGCCUCCGAGAGCGCAGUGGACGCGAAGCCUUCAAACGGCGAGUCUGGUGACGAUUCCUCGAUCAAAUAUCAUUUUGACACCUCUUAUGGGAGCAAUGAUUCGCCCGAGGGGUCUCUGCAGCACCAUAGCCUGAGUCCUGAUAUCGGCGAGGACUGGUCCGAACUGCUGCCCGAGGAUUCAAUGCAGGCCAGCACGCCCAAACAGUUCCCGACCCUUCGGACGCAGGACGCCGAUUCGAACGUGCUCGAUUCCUUCUUCGAUAGCCCCAACGUGCCUCACGCACCGUUUCCAAGCCCUGACAAGAGGCAAAUCCGCGAGACGAGCACCCAAUCCAACACGAGCCCCCUCAAGCUAUUUGGGCCCUACGAUACGUUUACCAACGAGACCUUGAUGCGGCGCAUCAGUCAGUUUGAAGAGAGCUUGUCUGGUAUGAACUCGCGAGGAGAUGUUUCGCCUACUACGCCCAGCCGCGACCCUAGCAAGAAACGAGUCGAUCGCAACUCCGGAGCGACGAGGUAUGUCAGCCAUUUUGGGGCUGGUGAACUGGAAGGGUAUGAAUUCACCAACGACUUGUCUCACUCGCCCGCCGAGCAUUCCAGCCUCCUUUUCAAGGAGAAGACGACCCCGUUACAUCCUCCCUUGGCCGCCAAGGGCCCCCUCAAGCUCGUUCCUCCGUCAUCUUGGCUCCACGAAGACGUCUCGCUGCAUGUCCGCAGGAGCCGUCGCAAGAGCAAUUCGCAGACUCCCUCGGUCGAUGCUGGUGUUGAAUACGAUUCCAUGUCUAGCUCACCGGACGACUCCGUCAGCUCACAGGAUGAAGCCUACGACGAGUCCUGGGCCGCAAAGCGGGAUUACGGAUCCGAAGGCAAGCGGCCCAGAGCGACUCCCUCCAAGCACCCGACACCAAAGCGCCGACGAACGCUUCAUCGCUCCGAUAUCGCAUUUGGCAGUGAGGGUCGCAAGUCAAUCGUGCCAAAGCUACCUCGUCCUGGAUCCAAAGUGCGGAGGCGCUCUCAGACGGAUCGCGCAAACUCCAUCGAUCUUCAAGAUGGAGACCAAAUGCCUAGGCGGCAGUCCCAAUCGUCGGCUCACACCUCAAGGUCGGUUCAGGAUGACGUCUCUCAGGGGAGGCCGCGUCGCUCGCCAACGAGGUCGUCGAUUCAGGAAGAAGAUGAGCCGGACAGCCCGGGUACCACUGGCGAGCGCAAACCAUCGAUACGGACCCAGGAUUUUGUAGACCAAGCUGCUCAGAUCAUGGCCAUGAUUCGCAACCAGGUCAGCCAGCCCGGGCUCUCUAGUCUGGAGGAAUCUGAGCUGGAGAUUGGUGGGGUUGCCACGCAGAAUGCUACAAUGGAGGAGUCCGACGGAUCAACGGCCGAGCCCUUUUCGCGACCGCCCAGUCGGGACGGGAAGCCGAUUCCCAGACAGGCGCGACAGCAAGAGGACCCCGAACUCGUGAAACGGCUCAAGAAAUACCAGGAGAUGAGUGACAUGGGUGACGUUGUUUCAUCCUCAAUGAGGUCCAUGAACCUUGCAAAGGACGCAAUCCGCGCGGCGAAAGAAGUUGAACGCAUGGUCGACCGAGCCAGCCGCAUUCGAAGCAGUGGGGGCGGCGGCGGCGGCGGUUCGAAUUAUGAUUCUGCGAGUGAAACGACGAGCCCGGUUCAUGACUUGUUUUCCAGCGCCUCUGCCCGCUCUACCAGCCACCUGUUUCCCACCUCUUCGUCUCGAGGCUCUGAGUCGCGCAAAGUCAUUGCCCCUGAGAGCGUUUCUCACCUGAUUCCGGACAAGAUUGGCGGCAUGUACCUGGACAAGCAGAACAACAUCUGGAUCCGAAACAAGGACUCCAAAGCUUCUCUGACGUCCCACCAUUCAGGGUCCGACGACAGCGAGGAAGACCCGUUUGCAAACAUCCCGGAUCUGUCCGUCGACAUGACGGAGGAGAUGCAGCAUCUGAAGCAGACGCCUCGGGGUCGCGAAAGUAUGGCGAGCAGCAAGGGCAAGACCUCUCGCCAGAGUUCGGCCCAGACGCACUCGCUCAAAAGCUAUACGACUCUGGCAGCUUACGAGCCGCUUGACCCUGAGGUAGCGGCAAGGGCCAGAGGGGAGAUUGAGAAGCUCGAUGCUCAACCCGGUGAAGGCUCCAAGAGCGCCGACGACGGAGGAAGCCGCUUGCCUGUUCUCAAGGCCAAGACAAGCAGCGAUGGGCUGUCAUCGAAGCGUCGCAAUAUCACGAUAUCCUUCACUUCGCCCAUUGCCUCCAUCAUCCUGGGCGUGCUUCCUGAGGAUAUAGAAGGCUUGGAAGACGACCCCGUGCCUGGUGAAUCAUCUGAGUCGCCUCCGCUCCACUCCACUCCCUUUCGCGGCUCCAAGGGCAUUUCGCAAGACUCUCUGCGGACCAUCCGCGCGACGUCCAUGUCGUCUGGCAAGUUUACGCCCAGACCAGUCUCGCGAAUUGACGAGCAGGACGAGGAGAGCACGGUGGAGCUGCCAAAUCAGAAUCGCAAUAGGGGCCAGAGCCAGCAGCAAACACCAGCCAAUGACCGCCAUUACAGCUUUAUUGGUGACAAUACGAUGAUGAGUCUCAAGUCGCUGGAAGGGGGCUCGGGUUUCGGGUUCCUCAUGAGCACUCCGGCGCACGCUGCCGUCUCGCUGAAGGCUGAUGACAGUCUCAUGAUUGGCCGCAAUGUCGGAAAGCUGUCGCUGAGCCCGCUCUCCGAGUUUUCGAUGAACAACCACGACAAGUCGUUCGGGCUCGAGGUGAGCUAUGUCAUGGGACAGAGACGAAUGGCAACGGGCGACGGCUCCAAGAAGGUCAUGUCCAUGACGCUGCGUUACCUUGUGGAAAAGCUGUCCGAGGCGCAGCCGCACGAGCCGUACUGGGAGGAUAUGACCUCUCUCACUCUCCAAGACAAGCAGCUAACCAGCCUGCACGGCCUCAACAAGCUUUGCUCCCGAAUCACCACGCUGGACGUGUCAAAGAAUUCGCUGGGGCAUCUGGAGGGUCUUCCCGAAGGCGUGCGACAGCUCAAGGUGUCGAACAACAUGCUGACGGAGCUCACGUCGUGGGACCAUCUCAUUCAUCUGCAGUACCUGGACAUCUCCAACAACCAAGUCAAGAGCUUGUCGGCGUUGAAGAGGCUGAUUCACCUGCGGAGCUUGCGGGCGGAUAACAAUCUGCUGACAAGCCUUGAUGGGCUGGAUUCCCACGAUGGCCUGCUCAACCUGAGGGCUCGCCACAACCUGAUUGAAGAGCUUGACUUUUCGAACAUUGAGUGGGGGCGCUUGACGGAACUCGACGUGGCGUCGAAUAAGAUUUCGUCGGUCAAGGGUCUUGAUCUGCUGCCUUCGCUUUCCCAUUUGGACAUUUCUGACAACCACCUCGAGACGCUCGUGUUUGACAAGGCCAACAGGACGCUGCGGAAGCUCGACAUUAGCGAUAAUGAUCUUGAGGACUUGGACAUUCGACAUCUGGUUAGUCUGCAGACGCUCCACGCUGAUCGGAACCGCAUUAGCCACAUCUCUGGCUUUCGCCACGUCCGCCGGAUCGACAGCCUCUCUUUGCGAGAACAGCGCGGCGACGCGCCGCUUGAUUUGAGCUUCUUGAUCAGUGCCUGUGAGAUACGCAAGCUGUUCCUGUCUGGAAACUACCUGGGCUCGUUCCAGCUACAGGCCGACUUCCUCAACUUGCAGCUGCUCGAGCUGGCAAACUGCGGCCUGGAGGUAUUGCCCGACGAGUGUGGGCAGCUAAUGCCAAAUCUGCGAACGCUGAAUCUCAACUUCAAUGCCAUACGGGAUCUGUCAUCCUUGCGAUUCAUCCCGCGACUGAAGAAGCUGCUCGCGGCCGGGAACCGACUCUCCGACACGGUGGCGGUGACGGAGCUGUUGACCGACUUUCCUCACCUCACGGAACUGGAUCUGCGGGACAACCCCAUUACCCAGGGCUUCUACCCUCCGGUCCAGAUGCUCAUCAGCCCGGACAAGAUGGGCAGCGCCGACUCAUUUGUGAUGCCAGACGCGGAUAUGGAGAGAGACGAGACUUUUGCGAAGCGCCUGGACGAGACUACAAGGCUCCGUCGCCGUCUUCACGAGGUGGUAUACGUGGCUAGCUGCAAACGCCUCCGCAGACUGGACGGCCUGGUCAUUGUUAGGGAGAAGACGCUGGCCAAAGAUGCGCUCUUGCAAAGGCUCAUUGACGAUGGGCUCGUACCAGAGCUGGAGGACACGCUGAUUGGUGAGUCCGAAUCGGCACAGCAACACAACGGAGGAGCGGCUCCAUCGCCGUCAAUCAGCACGACUUAGGGGCCUGCUGAAGAAAGUGGCGAACUGGUCAAGUACAGCCAGUGGUACGCAGAGGACAGUUUUGCCUAGGGCAUAU